AUGAAUUCUAUUGCCAAUCGCAUGGACAUUGUUAAUUUCUGGAUUUCCCCAAGCGGACUGCAGAUAGUAGACCCGUCACUCGAGUUGUUCGCGAACGACAUCCUUGCUGGCGAGGCCACCAACAACACCCUCCAAAUCAAGCCCGAUACUUUCCAAGAACUCAAUGACCCAAACUACCCGAUAGACCUCAAAUGUACUCCCGCAGGUCGUGGCUUCCAAAGGGUAAUCGUGGACGAAUACUACGAGACCGUUGACAGGAUUUUGAUCCGGGACGAUGCCAUGACCCCUGAGCAAUGGUUCCUGGGCCCUGUUCCCGGGUAA